CGAUCGUCCUCGCAGCUCCAUCUCUUCCUUCGCCGCCGCGCCUCGACGGCCAGCCGCUCUGCUGUCUUCGUCCACGAACCCGCUCGAAUCGUGCCCUCGAUCUGGUCCAUCCCACCGUCAAACACGCCCGCCGCUACACUCAACGACAUGACCGUCUCGAUCUGCACCCGGAAAGGCUGUGGAAAGUCCUUCAGCGAAAGCGACAACCAUGACACUGCAUGCGAACAUCACCCAGGAGCCCCCGUCUUCCACGAGGGUCUCAAGGGAUGGUCCUGCUGCUCCAAGAAAGUCACCGAUUUUGACGAGUUCAUGAAGAUUCCAGGCUGCACUGUGGGCCGCCACUCGACCGUCGUUGAGGCUGCUCCUCGCACUCCCGUCACCCCUGUUGCUCCAGCAGCGACUCUUGUCAAAGACGGCGUCGAGAUCUAUGGAUCGGCCGCCGCAGCCGCCGCAGCCCCGUCCUCCGCCCCGGCUGUCGUUUCGACCCAGCCCGUUGUCGCCAAGGUCGAGAUCAACGAGGAGGAGCUCAACGAUGCCCCUGACGCCGUGAUCGAGAAAGGUGCCAAGUGCAAGCGCAACGGAUGCAAGUUUGUCAACGAAGCGGGCGGGCACACCGACAGCGAAUGCGUCUUCCACAGCGGCACCCCGGUCUUCCACGAGGGCAGCAAGGGCUGGACAUGUUGUCCCCGCAAGGUCCUGGAGUUCGACGAGUUCCUGAAGAUCGAAGGAUGCAAGCGUGGUCGCCACCGCUUCACUGAUGCCAAGACCGACGGUGCCGCCGAGGAGAUCGUCGCUUGCCGGCAUGACUGGUAUCAGACUCAGACCAGUGUCAUCAUCUCGGUCUUUGCGAAAAAGGCCGACAAGGCCAGCACCAAGGUUACCUUUGGUGCCGAAGAGCUGAGCGUCUAUGUCAAGUUCCUGGAUGGCAAGGUUUUCCGAUGGAACACCCCGCUCUCGCAGCCCAUCCUGUCGGAGCAAUCCAAGUUCGAGGUGCUUUCGACCAAGGUCGAGAUCACUCUGAAAAAGGCCAACGGCAUCUCGUGGCCCUCGAUCGAGCCCACAGACAACCUCGUCAGCUGGACCACCUUUGGCACCACGGGCGUCCACGGAACUGUUGGCGGCAAGGAGGCGCAUGUCGCAGCCGAUGCACCCGUCCAUCUUUUCAAAAAAUAGAGCACCCGAUGCGUGGAUGUUAAUCGUUGGAUCCGCAAGACGAAGGGGGGGGUUAUUUGCACGCACAUAGACCGGAUGCCCUU